AAACGAGGAAGUUCGAGUAAAGCGAAAGACGAAAGACGGAGAAUUCGUGAACUCAAUCAGUGAAUUGAAAAUCAUAGUAUAGUCGAUUUAAGCAUAUGACUUGUAAUAUUGAGGAGAAAUCAUUCUGGGUUGAACUGGGAGCCGAUUUAGUCAAGUGUGAUGGUGUCACUGGAAAUGUUCAACGCCUUCAUCUCAAAGGAGAUUACUUCUAUGACUACUUAGUUGGUAAAAAGGUGAGCUCCUCUUUGGCAGAGUUGAGGCAUCUCAAAUACCUCGACUUGAGUGGGAAUCGUUUUUUUUUUUUUUUUUUUUUUUUUGAAGGAAGUCAUAUACCAGAGUUCAUUGGAUCCUUGAAACACCGGAGCUACCUCAAUCUCUCUUAUGCUGGUUUUGGUGAUGAUAUGGCGUGGGCCUUUAGCCUUUCGUCACUCCAGCUUCUCUACUUGAGUGCAGUGGAUCUUAGUCGAGCACAGAACUGGGACAUGGUGCUUCACAUGAUUCCCUCGUUAAAAUACCUCCAUCUUCGCUACAAUUCUUGUAAAGGUGGGAGUUUGUGCAUGAACAAUUCUUACCAAAGAAGAGGUGAAAACGUUGCAAAUAGGCAUCUGGCGAAUGUCAAAGAUUUGGUGAUAGCUUCAAGAAUGCAAAAUCCAUUUUAAUUGGAAAGGUCAUUGAAGAUGCAUCAUAUAUUAUCCUCCAAACCAUGUUACAGGUCAGUUUUUUCUAACUCAAGUGGGUGAGUUUUUCUAUGUGAAUCUCAUAAUAGUUGAAAAACACAAUAUCUCGGAUACACCACAGUACACUUUAAUAAAAUAAUUAAAUAAACCAAGUGUCGAAAAAUAAUGAUAAAACAUAAACUUUUGGGGGAUCCUUUGUGGACUUUAAGAAUCAUAUAUAUGUGAGGUCCACCAUGAAACUAUUUAGACCUAUCAUGUUACCAUUGGCCUGCUAACCUAUUCACAAGUUCGUGUAUCAUUUCCCACUUAAAUAUAUUGAAAUAAUAAUGUAGUUUUUUAAAUUCACAUGUUCCUGUAUCAUUCCUGACUUUAAUACAUAAAAAUAACAAUAUAGUUUUAAAAUAAUG